CCUCACUGAGAAUCCCAUGGUCCAGCAAUAAUGAAGAGCCUGAUUUUGAUACUAACGGUGGCCCUAGUAGCCAGCAACAUCAACCACAUCUAUGGUCUUGCAAUGGAAGGGCAUAUCGCUCACUUGGGAAGAUGCAAGUGCUUAAAGCACAUAGCAUUGCCGUUUGCUCCAACACAAGUGAAACACAUUGAAGUCAUUCCCCAAAGAAUACACUGCCGAAGGAUGGAGAUUAUAUUAACUCUGAAGAACAGCUGGAAAUACUGCAUCCACCCUAAUACUCCUUGGGUGACUGCAUUACUUAAGAAGUGGACAAAGAGGUUAUGGCUUCAGCCUAGUCUCAGAGUGUCUUUUCCUGCCUCAGCUGACCAGCCCCAUCACUUUAUCAAGCUAGAUCACCCAUGAUAAUUGCAAAUGGGUUUUCUGGGGGCAAACACAUCCUUAAGACGUCUUGACAAAAUCAGCCCAUCCUGUGAGCAUCAGGUUUAUCUUUCUAUACGUAGAUUUAAUUGCAUCUAUUCAAGCGGCAACUUAAAAUUUCUGCACCUCUUUUGGAAAAAGCCGGUGGCAGAGGGCAGACACAAGAGACUAAUUUGAUUGUUUUGGAAUAAAAUGCAAGCUAUUGUACAUUUGCUUCUAGCAAAGCCACUAUUAAGUAAUUAGACUAUAUAGCUACUCUGCAACUUCUAUCAGUUUUGCUUCUAGGAACUUUCUAAUAAUUAUGGCUUACUUAACAUGCGAACUCUACCCCUGACACUUCACCUAAUCAUAAUCUUGCUCUUAUCCUAGAUUCCUUCAAAUCUUUUUUUUUUCUUUGUACAGCUAUUCUAUGAGUUGUUUUGCUGAAAAGAAAGAGAAAUUCACAAGCUGUUCAGAAGUGUGGUAGUUAAUAAAAAUAAAGGUUAGUUUUAUAUGAAAGGCAAGGAUGUGGCUGAUAGGUAACAAAGUCAGGCCUAAUCUUUAUGACUUAACAUUAAACCACUGUGCACUGCUAUAGUCUGUGGCAGAUAUCUACAAGUACGUGUGGACUAUGUGAUAAAAUGCAUUCCUUUUGCAACAAGGCACCCAACCUUUUUUUGACAUGGAGCUUUGAGAACAAAUCUCAGUUGCUGUUGCAAAACAGAUCUCUAUAAUUGGGGUGGGGGAGAGGAUCACCUAAUUUACAGAACAGGAGCCAGUGUGGCCAUAAAAAAAUUCAGGAGCCUGGUAGCAGCUUUUCCGAGUAACAACAUUUAUUAAAAGACAUAAGCUUUGAUUGAAAGGCAUAACUAUGCAGCCGUAGGCAUUCGGAGAGAAACCAGUUCCCCACCCUUUCUUCUAGCACGGCCUAAAAACACUCUUUUUGAGCAAAUUAGCAAGCAGAGAUAAGAAUUUAUCCAAGCUGUCCAGAACUCCAUUAGUAGCCCAGAGGCCUCCAUCCGCUCAUAUUUCUAAACCAUAUUUUGCACUUUGGAGGGUUUAAAGGGAUCAAAAUGAGUUUUGCACACUUAAAAACCCAUCUGUGCCCUUAAGCCCCCCCCUCCCAAAUCCUUAAGACAGUUGAAAAACUUUGCAGUAGCCACCCAGAUGCCAUCAUAGCAUUGUUGGCCCUGGCCCCAUGACCCACAGGUGGGGGACAAUGUACCGCAAGACACUUUGCAGCAAAAUGCCCGAGUGCAUUACAAAGAGACAUGGAUUCCAGAGGCAAGCAGAAGAGUAGCAUGUGGCCAACCGUAUCUGGGUCUGGAAUCUAUCUGAAGCAGCAUUUGGAUAGGAGACCAUCAGGACAUCCCAGGUCAGCUAGCUGAGAGGUCACGAAAGAUCAGUCAACUGCUGUUUGCCACCUUCUGGAAUUAUUCUUAAUUAUGACCUUUUUAAAUAUGGGACACAACAGCAUUCUUGGAAAUAAAGAUGAUGCUGUAAGAGAUGUGUUGAUUUUCAACAUGCCAAGUUGCUGUUUCUCUUCCUCUUCUAUUAUUAUUGUAAUACUUAUUAUUCCACUAAUCAUGUAUCAUGGCUAAUUUUGGCAGGUUUUCUCCUUUAUGAUUCGCGCCCUAUCCAAAGGCUUGGGAAUCAUAAAGGUCGUGUCUAAUUAUUCAUGAGUUGCCCAAUAGUGCUAUUGUGUGUAGUUGGGCUAUCAUAAGUUGUUCCAAAUUUAGGAAGUCCAAAUUCUUAGUUCUCAAGAUACUGCAUCUAAUGCUUCAGUAAAAAUUAUACCAUUGUAAACUUCUAGAUUUUUGCAAUCUUUCUGCAAAUCUCAGUAUUUUGUAAUCUCUUCUAAUUCCUUGUCUUCAACAUUGAUGGAAUUAUUAUAAAUAUGUGUAUA